ACCGCCAUCUACCUCGGUCGGAGGAGGAUGGAGCCCGGCGGGGGCCGCCGCGAGAAGCUCCCGAUGCCGCUGCCUCAGGUUCCGACGCCGCCGCCGCCGCCGCCCGCCAAGGCCAAGGAGGGCCCGGCGCCCAGCGGCGGCAAUGCCCGCCUGGAGAAGGCCAAGCAGCGCUCGGCCCAGCAGGAGCUGAAGCAGCGGCAGCGGGCCGAGAUCUACGCCCUCAACCGGGUGAUGACUGAGCUGGAACAGCAGCAGUUUGACGCUUUCUGCAAGCAGAUGAAGGCUGCCAGUGAGUGAGCCCUGCGGACAGCCAGAUCCUCACUCCCCAGGCAAGGCUUUGCUCACGGUCUGGACACUGGACCACGGUCAGUGGUCUGGUAGAACCAUGGUGGGAAGCCCCCAAGACCCUUUGUCCUCUGGGCCACGGCGGUGCCUCUCAGGCCAAGUCCGCUUCCAAGUCCUUGCCAAAAUGGACUUUCUCAUUGUUUGGACUGGUUUUUUUUUUAACCCUAUUUAUUACUUAUUCUAAAUAAAUGUGUUUUAUAUA